UUCAAAGAGGCUUUCGGGCUCUUCGACAGAGUCGGUGAUAGCAUGGUUGGAUACAACCAGGUGGCUGACAUCAUGCGCGCCUUGGGACAGAACCCCCAGAACAAGGAGGUUGCAGUGAUCCUGGGAAAACCAUCCCCCGAAGGUGAGACCACCCGUACUCCUAUAGGGAUAGGUUGUGAGAACAUCGCAAACGCUGUGAGAAUGUUGUGAGAACGUCAUGAUACGUUCAGGUAGAAAUGUAGUAUGAAGACCAAACAGGCCUCUCUACCCCUGUAGAAUAAGUAAUGACGUCUGUUCUAGUCAUGACAUUUCUAUCUGCAAAGUCCUACAUACGUUUGCUCUACUGAACGUGGCCCCGAGGAUGGAAUAGUCCCAAAAGUGUAAACCCCGCCCCAAUCUGGGCCUCCAGGUGGGCUUGAUCAAACACUACACGUAUUUGAAAGAAAACAAAUACUGUUUGAACCCACAUCUGGUAGCGAUAUGAAUGUUCAUUUUGUGGUCUGGUUGUCAAGGGUGAUUAUAUAAAAUAACAAUGAGGUAACGACCGUCACUAGCAAGACACUGUUUGUCCUUGACGUGGUGUGCACGAUGUGAUCGUAUCAAACCAAGCAGUGGAAGGCUACAGAUGGACCACCAUACCGUGUGUGACUAACGUCGAUCUCUUCUCCUUCGUUGAGUCAGAUAUGGCCAACAAGAGGCUGGCCUUCGCCGAUUUCCUGCCCAUGCUGGAAAAAGCCGAUAAAUUGGUGAAGGGUACACUUGAUGACUACGUUGAGGGUCUCCGUGUCUUCGACAAGGAGGGCAACGGCACCGUGAUGGGGGCUGAGCUGCGCAUCGUGCUGGGGACACUGGGUGAGUGGAGUCGAUACAUUUAGACACGGUACAGUACAGCACUGACUGGGCAGUGGGUUAGCCAGCUAAAAAGUCUGGUUGGCUGGGUGAAAUCAAUCCCCUAGCCCCCCUACACCCUAGGUACACUACUGCCAUAUUGCUUACACCUGUCUAACCGUCUCAGAUCUACACAAGUGCUUAGGGUGUAGGGUGUAUUGGGGGUUGAUUUUGGAUUCAGGAUGUGUGUGUGUGUUCCUGACUGGCUCGUUGUUGGUCCCUUUUAGGUGAGAAGAUGUCUGAGGCCGAGAUUGAUUCCCUCCUUAUAGGUCAGGAGGACGAGAAUGGCAGCAUCAACUAUGAGGGCAAGUCUUUUUCAACCUCUAAAGAGCAAAUAUCCUGGAUCCUGCACAGAUCAUGUCACAGACUGUUUUAAUAACAGUAUCAUUGAAAUAUUUGUACUCUUAUUUUAAUCAUAUUUAUAUUUAUCAAAUAGAUUUUUAUCAAAUGUAUUUGUAUCAAAUGAUUUUAUAAUAGUUUUUAUAAUUUUCUAAAUAAUUGUUUUAUUUAGAUCUCUUGCUCCUGUACUUAUGUGUCCUCUCUGUUCUCCCCCCAGCAUUCGUCAAGCACGUCCUGUCUGUGUAA